AUGAAAAAAUCCGCCACUCCCAAAGGGGCUCAGGCAGCAUACGGAAAGCUACAGGCCGUUGCCCACCGGACGACCCUGCUGUUGAAGCGCCAACUAGGAGCACUUCGCGUGACCGCUGCCCCCAGUCCGACCACCACCUCCAAAUGGCGGGCAGCAGCGGAUUUGAAAACAAUGCAUCCCCAGUCCGACUUUCGUCUCAUCGCUCUCGCUGCUAUUACAGGGAAGUCUGCCUCUCCCACGAAUGCACGGCUGGCAUUAGCCCCAUGCGAAUCCAGCAGCAGGACCCACCAGGGACUCCUUCCAGGUUUUAUUCGCCCGAGGUUGCCAGGCCCUUGUCAUUACCCCAAAGCCGGCUAA